AGAGAGGUAUCUGGCAAGUGAUUCAGUAAUAGGCAAGAAGACAAAGAUGGCAAAGCCCUCGAUUGCUCUCACAGAGAGCUUUGCUUCCAAAGCAACAAUUUCAGAGGACAUUCCUGAAGAAUACUUGAACCGACUGCUGAAGUUUCUUGAAAGAGUGGGGAUCUCUGGGGAUGUCCCAGAUCAUUGCAAUACCGAAGACUUCUACUCCAACAUAAUUGGUGGGUUUCUGAAACAUCUGGCAAUCCUACGAGGCCGCGUCACUUGCUUGGUCUCUGUCAAACCUGCUGUUACUAAUACAUUUGGAGGAUUUCAUGGAGGAGCUAUUGCUUCUGUUGCUGAGGCUGUGGCGUUUGCUACUGCAAGAACCAUCGUGGCUGAGGAUAAGGAGCUGUUUCUAGGGGAACUAAGUAUCUCAUACCUCUCUACUGCACCAAAGAAUGCAGAGGUGAUAGUUGAUGGGUCUGUAGUGCGGAGUGGGAGAAACAUAACUGUGGUAGAACAGGAGUUCAAGCUCAAGAAAACUGGAAACUUGGUCUACACUGCUCGUGCUACCUUCUAUCAUAUGCCCGUUUCGAAAUUGUAAAUUUGGUGACUCCUCUCUCCCAUUCCUUCUCUCUCUCUUAUUCCUUCUCAAUCUCAUUACGGUUUAGUAAACGUGCUCUUAGGCUUAGUUUGGUAUUGCGGUGAGGAUGCACAAUUAUAAAAAAAAAACUCAGUUUUAAAUAAGCAACCCAUGAGCUGCUUUCUAAAAUCUUGAUUAUUUAACCCAAAAUUUCCUAAAUAAGCCCCUUUAAAUAUUUUACCAAACAUGCAAUCUAUUCAAAAUGGUAAUUAUAAGUGAUUUUA